UUUAAUGUCCUAAGCAUUCACUCCAACAAAAGAUUAUUAAGCAUGUGGGGCUUUAUUUGUUUGUUUGUUUUUGUUUUAGCACAUUAGUUUUGUGCUGUGGAAUAUUCCUGUACACUGUGUAAAUGAUGCUCUGAUUGGUUUAAUAAAGAAGCUGACUGACCAAUAGCCAGGCGGGAUAAGGUUAGGUGGAAAAACCAAAGUAAAGAGGGGAAGGAGAAGGGCAGAGUGGAGAGACGCGAGUGAGCCGCCCAAGAAGCAAGAUGCUAGAGGACAGGUAAAGCCGUGAGACGUGGCAAUCCACAGAUUAAUAAAAAAAAAAGGGUUAAUUUAAAUGUAAGAGCUAGUUAGUAAUAAGCCUGAGCUACAAGAUGUCACAACAACAACAAAACAAACACAGGGUUUGUGGCUUAAACAAAACAAACAACAGCAAACACACAGGGUUCGUGGCUUAAACAUUUGUUCACCAUAUUUGAAAUAGAAGAUUAAAAUUAAAGUAACAGCAAAUUAAAUGUCUGCUAAGAGAUCCCCUUAUUUUAUUUAUUUAUUUAUUUGUUUGUUUAUUUUGCUUCUGGCUCCUUAAGAAGACUGUCUUCCCGGUUGUUUGGCUCAAACUGUUUGUGGGGGCACCCAGGCAGGGGUAUCGGGAUCUGUCCCUGGUGCAUGGGCAGGCUUCUGGGAAUCCAGUGCCUGUGGUGUGACACCUUGCACAGCCUUGGUGCUGUGGGAAGGGGCUUGGAUCUGCCUAGGCUCAGUGUGCUGGGCUCUGCUGACUCCCCAUGGGAGACCUUGAUUUGGGGAAUGUGGGGAUGCGGGAUGGCUUGGCAAAGAGGGCUGGGGGUAGGAGGAGGGAGGAAGGGGGAUCUGUGGAUGGUAUGUGGAGUAGAAAAUUUCUUAAUAAAGAAAAAAAAAAGAAGACUGUCUUCCUGCUGUGUCCUUACAAUGAAAAAAUAAUAAUAAUAAGCCUGAGCUAUCAGCUGAACAUUUUGUAGCCAAUAUAAGUUUCUGUGUGUUUAUUUGGGACCAGCCAGUGGGGCCAGAAAAACUCCACCUCCAUUUACAGUUUUGAGUGCCUAUCAAUUCAAAACGACCGUGCCUCGCAACUAUUCUCAUCAUAGUAGACUGGCAUGGGAAUUAGUGCUGAGUGAUGGAGAGAGAUCCAGGGCAGACUUGGACUCUACCCACAAACCAUAUCCCUGUACCUCAUGCACCAGCUAAACUGCCACGAACAUUUCUGAGUCAAUAAUUAGAGUCAUAAAAGAAUUGGAGGACUACUCUCUAUCCCUGCUCAACCCACAGCUCUGUAUAGGUGGGCACUAGAAUAGGGGGUGGGGGGGGGUAAGGUGGGUACUAGAGUGAGGGGGAUGUGGGUACUAGAGUGAGGGGGAGGUGGGUACUUGAAUAGGGGAGAAGGUGGGCACUUGAGUGAAGGAAGGGUGCAACAGGCUUUUUCCUGAAAUAUUCCCUCAGAAAACGACAUAAAACUAGGAGAUCAUGAGCACAGCAGGGAUGGAGCGAAGGAAGAAGGGCUUGCUCUGUGGGAGGAACGGGUGAGAGCAAACAGGAGGCCCAGGGCCACCUGCAGGAGGACUGAGAGGCCUCUGCGGAGGGAGUGGAAGGGAGGAGAGCCAGCUGAGGCAGGAAGGGAAGGCGGGAACUGGGAGAGCCUGAGGUUCAGUUCAGUUCAGGCAGAGAGAGGGCAGCCCCGCUGUAUUUCCCAGGGACGCUCCACGGAUGCAGGCAAGAAGGUAGAAUGUCUUAUGUUGGCCCCACCUCCUGAGCCUCUUGCUGAAGCUGCUGCAUGGGACACAAAAGGGUGAGACACAAAGACGUCAUCUCUGCUAACGGGAAACUGGUUUCAGGAGCUGAGAGGCCAAGUGUGACGGAAGCCUGCGCAGGGUGCUUCACACCGUUGUCCGCAUUUUCCAGGUAAGCAGAUGUUUGUGUGAAAGCCAGAGGUAAAGAAGAGCGAGGGCCUAAGUAGAGGAGGUAGGAGGUGGCUGGAGUCAGGGUAAGCUGGAGGAGUGCAGGGACAGGAGCAGGCUUCUGAAGAGUGUUUGUGUAUGCAUUGGGAGAACCCCGGCGCCAUCCACAGCUGGCUGAUGGGUGUGGAUGAAGUCCAGCAAAGGGCUGUGCUCUCCUGGCCUCCGAACCUGUACAUCCUGAGAGUAGCAGUUCCAGCCACACCUCCUUCUCAGGGAUCCUCUGUCUGACCAGGUGUAUUUGUGCAGACUUUGCCAGAUAACUGUACCCUGGUCUCCUAGCCUUCCCUCUGAGAAAGAGCAAAAGCCUUCAACUUCAAUAGAAGGAAGAAGGCAGGGUGACUAUGUUUAUUCCCUGGGGAUGUGGCUUACAAGAAAAGGGAUUCUCUGUCAGGAAAGGGAAUCUGGCCUGAGGCUCCCGAGAAAGGUAAGCUAGCAGAAGCCUGCCUGAUACUCUGAGGAGGCUUACCUGUGGCCCAGAGGAAGGGAACAAGAUACAGGCUGUGGAGAACAGGGUGCAUAUGGGUAAGGAGAGUAGUACACAGAGUAGACUAGGAGGAGUGUGCAUAGCAUGCUGGUACAGAGAGGAUGAGACCUUGGGCAUCUGUUACAUACAAACCCAGCACCCCUGUAUUUCCCAGCUGGGAGACUCCAGACCCGAUCCAGCAUGCUCGUCAUCUGGAGUGUGCUAGCUGUGUGUCUCUUCACAGGUACACACACACACACACACACACACACACACACACACACACACACACACACACAGUUGCUGCUCUCUAAGGUCCCUAGUGUUGAACAUAUUUCAGACUUGGUUUCUUGUCAAAACAUACACCAGCCACACUCUGGCACGUUAUGAGGCCAGUGCAUUCAGAGGAGUACUCCCUGGGCUUCAGGACACAAAAGGACAUGACAUACUGACACAGGCAGGUCUACAAUACGCCUUCCCUUACUCCACAGCUUCUAUAUGCAGACUCAAAAGCGACGCUUCCUCUCCACCUUUCUCCGCUCCACACACACACACAGUCACUCUGGACAGUAAGCAGGUAGGAGUAUGGAGAGCACAGUUGAGUAAGACAGGUACAGGAUAUACCAAGUUCAAAGACAGCUCCUGUCAUCCCUGCUGAGGUGGGCGUGGAAAGCCGUGCAAGCAGUCGGGGAGUUUAGUGGCAGUUACUCUUCAGCAACUAACAUUCCUGGCCCCAGAAGUCUAUACAGCAUGCUUCCUGACUCAGUCAGCCCUGGCCUCUUUCUCCUGCAGAGGGCAAUCCGGGUCAGUGAGCACAGGGAGGAGUCCAAUGCUGAGCCAGCACAGCCAAGGUUUCCCUGGCGCAGCAACACAAGGGGCUUUGAUGCCUGCAGAGAGAGACAGCUCUUCCCGCCAGGAUGCUGUGGCUGCUCCUGGCACGGCCCAGCCCCACACAGACCCUGCUCUGGAGGCCUCAGCUAAGAGGUAUAUUGGGUUCAACAUACAGCCAUGGAAUUUGAGAGAAAUCCCAGAGCUGAUGUCUGUGAGCUGUAUGGCCUUGAGCAGGCAGAAAACUUCAUUAAGGUUCAAGGUCCUGUCUGGAAGAUGGGAGGAAAGACACAGUUAUAUCGAUCUCCGUCUGGAAGGUCGCUGGAAGGAAUAAGUGAAAAUGUGUCUGUCUGGGAAGCAGUCAGCACAGAGAACUCUGAGCCAAGCAAAAGCUCUUUCUAGGAGGAGCAGACGAUUGAAGUGUCUGCACACUAUGUCACAAAUGGACUCCCAGGACAGGUGGAACAAGGAGUCCCUUGGUACUAUGAUUCAUGACACUCAGAUGUGGAGCAUGAACUUGGAGAGUGAGGAUGAGGACGGUAGGGAGGGUGGCUCUCUAGGAACCCAGAACAACACCGACUUGCAGUGUGACACCCAGUACUGCAAAGAAGAAGAGAAAUGGUCUGGGUCCUUCUGCCCUGGCUAUGUGGAGCAGAAACCUGGGGAGAAGCCUAGGAGGACCACCAACCGGGGAAAAAGGGAAUCGAAGAUAACACAGACUCAAGAUUUCCCUCCGUUAGAGGAGGUUCUCAGUGCCCCUUUCAGAGGCUUCUCACAGAGGCAGCCUCAUAGGGACUCGGCGGGCAAUGACGGGAACCAGAAGGCAAACAAGGACAUAACCUUGGAAGUCCCGACCAGUUUCUUGGAUAGUGGGGGGUCUUUUUGGUUACAGAACAGUGCAGAUGCAUCCUCCCCAGACAAGAUCUCUCUGGAGCACCUUCCCAGGUCCAAGAGCUCCCCAGCUCAGACUUCAGCCACUCCUGCCAGCCCGGCAGCAGCGUUGGCAAAAGCGCAGGGCAGUAGAAAAGUCCAGGGCCAGGUAGGUCCAGGAAGCAGAGGGCAGGAAGAAGAGAGCGCUGACAGGUGUGUGCAGGACAGGCGGGCCUUCCAGAAGUCCAGCAAACUUCAGGUCCCCGAAGAACACCGUGGCGCCAAACCCUAUGUGUGCCAACUGUGCGGGAAGGCCUACUCCCACCGCAGCACGCUCCAGCAGCACCGGCGCCUGCAUACAGGCGAGCGACCCUACCGCUGCCCCUUCUGCGACAAGGCGUACACCUGGUCCUCCGAUCACCGCAAGCACAUCCGCACCCACACCGGCGAGAAACCCUAUGGGUGCCCGGACUGCGGGAGGGCCUUCGUGCGCUCCUCCGAUCUGCGCAAACACCAGCGCAACAUGCACAGCAACGACAAGCCCUUCCCGUGCGCCCAGUGUGGCUUGACCUUCAACAGGCCACUGUCCCUGCUGCGCCACCAGCGCACGCACCUGGGCGCCAAGCCUUUCCGCUGCGCCUCCUGCGGCCGCGAGUUCUCCGUGGCCAGCCGCAUGGUGGAGCAUCAGCGCGUGUACUCGGGCGAGCGGCCCUUCCCCUGCUCCACCUGCGGCAAGUGCUUCACCAAAGCCUCCAACCUGCAGGAGCACCAGACGCUGCACACCGGCCAGAGGCCCUUCAAGUGCACCGACUGCGGCGUGGCCUUCGCGCAGCCCUCGCGCCUCCUGCGCCACCAGCGCAUCCACACCGGCGAGAGGCCUUUUCAUUGCGCCGAGUGCGGUCAGGCCUUCGCCCGCUCCUCCACCCUGAAGCGGCACCAACAGAUCCACUCCGGGGACAAGGACUUCCUCUGUGCCGAGUGCGGCAGGGCCUUCCGCAUCGCAUCCGAGUUGGCGCAGCACAUCCGGAUGCACAGCGGGGAGAGGCCCUACCAGUGUGAGGGCUGCGGCCAGGCCUUUACCCGCUCCAAUCACCUCCAACGACACCAAGCCAAGCAUGAUACCUGCAAGAAGGAGCCUGCCCCAUCCUCCUCCAAUAAUGAGUGAGAGCGCCAUUGGCUUGCUGCUAAGAGAAGCGAAGGCACCCUGGACUUCACAGCGCAGCAGCAGCAGCAGCAGCAGCAGCAGCAGCAGCAGCAGCAGCAGCAGCAGCAGGGUGGAACCCAGGCUGGUGGGCCCACCCACAUCCUAUUCUACCAUCAAAGACAGCCAGGCUCAGUGGUCACCCCCCUCACUCCCUGGUUUCUGGCCGUGGGGCGGUCCAUGUACUUUAGGUAUUUGAUGUGUUGUGAGACAAAGUAAUCCCAAGGAGAGUGUCCAGGUGUGCAAGUUCACUCUGGCCUCUCACUGCUCGGAGGCCACAAGCAAUUGGAAAAGGGUAAGGUAAAAAUGUAGGGGCUGGCCAAUAGUCGGAUUCCUUAGGUCAGGGGGUUUCCGAGAAUGAGAGGGUAUAGAAUUCUGUGCUGGGCUCUGUGCAGGAUUCCACAGGGACACUGAUGAAAAAGGUCUAUUUUCUUCUUUCCUCAAAGGCAUACCAAAGAUUGAGAAGACCAUCUUUAGAGAAAGAUUCUUUUUGAUUUUUAUUAUAUAAAGGAAUCCUUAGAAACGAUUCCUGUGACGGACUCUUCCUAAGAACAAAGCCAACCUGGGGUAACUCAAACCAAGCCAGACAUCCUGUCAUGUCACUUGACUGCUAAAAUGACUUUAACUUUGAGGGAAUGUCUCCCGGGGGUUGGCUUUGAAGUACAGACGGCAAGGAUGGGGGUUUGUGCUGUGUUUGGCAAGCUGUGACUCCAGAAGUUGAGAACAGUCUCAGCAUCCAGAAAAGAGGCCAGUUCCUUAUACAGGAGAAUGUGGUAACUGGACCUCACCUGGGUCCCACCCAUAAAGUUCCCAGGUGUCUCCUCUCUGCCACUGCUUUUCCCAUUCACAGGAUUUGAACUUAAGCCACAAGUGUCAUUUGUAGAGAGAGAUUAAAUUCCUCCGGAUAAGCCACAGUUUGGUUCAUUUAAACCUGCCUGGAUCAUUAGCUGUGAUUUGAAGGAAAUAAAACAGCACGCUUUGCCCAGGUGCCAAUGGGCUUAUUUGUGUUGUUUGUAUCAAAGUCCAUUAAAAUCAGCUGUGAACAUCUCAUGCUUCAUCAUUAUCCUCUAACGAAUUCAUUCAAAAUCUGCCCUAACAGUCAUUCCUCAACUGAUUCUUAUAAAAUCAGUAGUUUGUGGAUUUGGACGUUGACUGUGAGGAAUCUGUGGCUUCAUGAAACAUUUGAUGCUGACAAAGGACACUUGUAAUCCUUCCAAAGUGUGCCGUGUAGGAAUUUAUCUUUUCAAAGUU